GUAAUUGAAAUGCAAUAAGGGAACAUAUAGAUUAUCCAGUUAACUAUUCAAUUGUCAUUCAAUUAACGGGGCUUUUUUUUAAAUCAGUUCUAUAGUGAUACAUAUAUAAUAAAUAUUUAAAUUAAAAGUGCUCAUCAAUUGUUUUUUUACAAAGAAACAAGAUAAAGUAAGUUUGUAUGCCAUUUAUUUAACUUGGAUUUUUUUUUCUUAAAAUUUCUUUUAUUUGACUACUUUUAAUUAGAAAUGAAAACAAAACGUUCCACUAGUAAAAUACGGAAUUCUGAACCGAUAGACGAUAUACUACGUCAUGUAGGAACUAAACAAUAUUUAUUUUUGGAAACACAUAUUUGUACAAUUUAUCGAGUAACAUGUGCACCUGGAGAAACAUUUAGUGAAUCAAAAGCAUUAUCAUUAAUAGAGAAAUAUCAUCGUAAAAGACAAGCACAUUGUAAUGCUGGUUUAUUGGAAGAUCGAUUUAGUUUGGAACGUACAAAAACUACUGGAAAAAUACCAUUUCGUCCAUGGGUAUCAUAUAAAGAAAUUAUGCAUUUUUAUGUAAGUCAUUCUAAACCGGAAUUCUUUGCAUUAUGUAUUGAUUCACAACGAAGUUUACAAAAAUAUUAUGAAAUAUACAAAUGUAAGAGUGCAGCAAAUGUUAGAAAAGUUGAAGAAUUAAUGAGACGUGCAAUGAAUGAUCCAGACAAAAAACUACAUGAUGUUAAUGCAUUAAGACAAGUAGCGGUGAAAGAUAGUGACCGAAUACGUUCCCUGCCGAAUUUUGAAGAAGAAAAUAUACGUGAUACUAUGGUUGAAGAUAGAUCUCCCUCACCACCAUAUCAGUAUCCAUCACCACCACCAGUACGUCAGUUACCUUCUCCUGUGAUGGUAGCCCCUGUAAGACAAGUCCCUGUGUACAAUGCAGCAUCACCUAGCCCAGUAAUUAAUUUUGAACGUUAUAAUGUUGAUGAUCUGGAAAAUGUCACGUAUAUCAAACUGGAUCCUAACAGAGGUCCAAUGAUUGAUAAAGAAGGACCAAUUUAUAUGUUUUUUUCAAGGCAGAAAAACAAUCAAAGUGAACCAAAUCUUUACAAUAAUUAUGUUAAUCAUGAUUCACCAACUUGGAACAGAAGAACUAAAAACUCUAAUGUAAUGUACUCACCAUGAUAAAACAAAGUCAUAUUCUAAUGAAUAGUAUCCUAGAUUUUAAUUUCCAUCAUAAAGAUUCACUAGCUUCUAUACAUGCACAACUAAGAGAAUAACAUAAAAUGAUGAAAUUAACGGAAGAAGUUCACUUCUUUGAUUACAGUAUACAAUUAAUUUUCAGCUUUACCUACUUGUUUCAUACUGUUGUAGCUUUAUGCUUCCUUUAUUUUAAAAAC